AUGGGAGAGAGCGGGUUGGACGGCGAGACGGACCUCGUGCCUGCGUGCGCAUCGCGGAAGAGCAGGCGGGCGGGUGAAGGGCCGAAGAAGAGAGCGAAUGCGGAAAAGAAAAAGUGUACAGAAAGUGUGUGUGUGGAUUCGUUGAGUGCGCGUCGGAUGGACAGGAAAGAGAAGUUCAGCGUGGCGAAUCGGAUUCGGUACGCGUUUUUGGAAGAGAGGUUGGACGCGGACGGUCGGUCUCCUGGAGACGAGGAGUACGAUCCGCGGACGCUGAAGAUACCGCUGAACGCACUGGCGAACAUGACGUCGUUUGAGAGGCAAUAUUGGGAGAUCAAGAGUGGAGUUUUUGAUUGUUUGGUAUUUUUUAAUAAGGGGAAGUUUUACGAGCUGAUGGAGUUGGACGCGGACGUGGUGGAGAGAGAAUUGGGGUUGGCGCCGACGGAGAGGGCGGGAAUGAAGAUGUGUGGGCUGCCGGUGUCCAGUUUUGCGAAGUACGCGUCCAAGUUGGUGGCGAGGGGGUACAAGGUGUGCCAGGUGGAGCAGGGAGAUGGGGAGGGGGAGGGGGGGAUGAUGAAGAGAGUGGUGGAGAGGAUUAUCACGCCGGGGACGGUGGUGGACCCAGAGUUUUUGGAGGAGGAUGGGGGGAGGUCGACGAGGUACUUGAUGUCGGUAUCGAGCGAGGGAGAGGGGUCUAUAGGCGUGUGUCUGCUGAACGCGGCGGUGGCGAGUUUUUCGAUAGGUGAGUUGAAAAAAACGAGCGAUUUUUGUGCGUUGAUGAGUGAAUUUCGUCCCUGUGAGGUGCUGUACGCGCGGCUCGAGCGGGGUUCUCUGCCGAUGAGCGUAGUGCGGCGACGGAUGGCGAGUGGGACGCUGUUGAGCGAGCGGAGAGCCGAGAGCUGUUGGAGCGGCGAGCGGGUAGCUCGAUACAUUGAUGCGGACUAUCGGUGGCAGAACGAGCGAGCGAGGCGGCGGUGGCAGAACGCCGUGAGCGCGUGCGGCGCCCGAGCUCGCCGCGCCGUCGGCGCGUGCCUGGCGUACUUGUCGGAGUUGAAGAUGGAGUGGCUGCUGAAUCAGGGCUGCGUUCGCCUUCUGAACGGUUCGAUCCGCGACGGUUCGACGAGCGACGAUUCGCUCCGCGACGAUUCGUGCCUAAGGCGGCUGUCGAUCGACUGGAGGGUGUUGGAGCACCUGGAGUUGGUGGAGAACGGUUUCGACGGUGGCGCGAGGGGGACGGUGUUGGAGCAGUUGGACGCGGCGGUGACGCCGUGCGGUCGUCGUUUGUUGAGGGAGUGGGUGUGCCACCCGUUGGCCGAGUUGGACGAGAUUUUGGACCGACAGGAGUCGGUGAGCGAGAUUUUGCGCGACGGCGAGCUGCAGGCGUUGUUGAGGGAGAAGUUGCGCGGUCUGCCGGACAUGGAGAGGUUGUUGUCUCGGGCGAGGUCCGGGCGCCUUCGCGCCAGGGAAUUGGCGAGGUGGGCUCGAGCGGUGGAGAGGGUGGCUGAGCUCUCAAGGGGCCUGGAGGCCCAUUAUAGGGACAAAAAUGGUCGCGGAUGGAACGGGCCUGUCAGCGGUAAUCGAUUGGAGCGAUGUGCCGAGAGGCUAUUUUUAGAUCGCCCGAAAGACGACGGGUCAUCUUGGUGCGCGGAGAUGGAAGUGGAGUGGCUGCUGAAAUCGUUUGACUUGGAGGUCGCCGAGGCUGAAGACCGCGUGGUGCCGAGAUGUGCGGACAGGUAUGACGACGCUCUGCGCGCGGUGUCCGAGAUUGAGUCGGAACUGGACGCCAUCGUAUCGUCGUAUCAGUCCCACUAUGGUGGCGACACGAGUGUGCGUCUCGUGGAGGUUGGAGGCGCCGGACGUCAGGCGACGUUGAUACACGUUCCGGGGGCGCUGGUGGACAAGUACGGAGCGCCUCCUUGCUUCGUGAAACAGAAGAGCACUCAGAAAUUUACGCGCUUUUGGACAGAAUCCCUAGGGGCCAAGUCGGACUCCCUGGCAGAGGCUCGGCGACUCGUAUGGCAGAUAGAGUCAGAGGAGUUACGAAAUCACCUAGAUAGAAUAGACGGCGGCGCAGAAUGCUGGUGGAUGCCAUGGGUUCGAGCGGUGGCAGAAAUAGAUUGUCUUUUGAGUUUGGCGCAAGCGUCUAACGCUUCAAUCGAUCAACAAUGCCGCCCUGUAUUCUGCGACUCGGAAGAACACGACUCCGCCACGGAACGUUCCGGAAGAACCUCCUCUUCUUUCUUCCACGCCCGUUCCUUGGUUCAUCCGUGUUUGUUCAACCAGACUUCCUUUACGAACGGCCGCUUCAUUCCAAACGACGUGUCCCUUGGACAGGCUCCGAAUUCGCCGCAAAUUUUGCUGCUAACCGGCCCCAACAUGGGCGGCAAAUCGACGUUACUGCGUCAGGUCGGCGUCGCGGUGAUCAUGGCGCAAAUAGGAUGCUGGGUCUACGCCAAGGAGUGCCGCUUGACCGUUUUCGACCAAAUAUUUACUCGCGUGGGCUCGCGCGACUCCAUCUUCGAAGGCAAGUCCACCCUUUUUGUGGAGCUAGAAGAAGCCGGAUUCAUCCUCGGCUGCGCAACGCCUCGCUCUCUCGUGAUCAUGGACGAACUAGGACGAGGGACCUCCUCCGUGGAGGGAUACGCAAUCGCCUACGCGACCCUAGACGCACUGGUCCGUAAACAGUGCUGCGUUCUAUUCAGUACACAUUCUCAUUUAUUAAUUAGCGAAAUUUUGGGAAAUGACCGCCUGAAGCGCUUCAUUUGUCUAUGUCACAUGUCUGCACUCACGGACGUGCAUGGCGCGCGUCGAGAGAUUACCCCGUUGUACAGAAUGGUUCCCGGAGAGUGUCGCGGCAGCUAUGGUCUGGCCGUGGCGCGCAUGGCAGGCAUACCAGAAGCGGUCAUCCAGCGCGCAAAGGCCUGUUCGGACAGCUACCUGAGCGAACACCGACUGAAACUAGCGUCGCUCCGUCAGUUGACGCACGCGUUCCUUGCUUCGGCGUCCCACCGCCGCGAAAUGGCGGCGCCCUCUCUGAGCUCUUGA